AUGAUCGUGGCAACGGGGGAGACACUCGUCGCGGUGAUAGAUGAACCCUCGGAGCUGUUUUCAUUUCGCAAAAGUGGGCGACGGGAGAACGACGAAGAGAAAUUGGGCUCGUUUUUGAGUCUGAACUUCUCGAAAAUCAUCUUGCCUCGUUCCAAAAAGCCGUUCGUCGACAUUUUUAAGCUCUUUUUCGGCUUGUUCUCGACGCCCGGAAACGAGUAUUACCUCGUUUUGCUCUCUUUGCCGUGA